AGUUUAUUCUCGGUUUCCUCUGUACCCCUCCUCAUCAUAUAAAUACCCCACAAAGCAGAUUUAUAUCACACCAACACUGUUUACUAGAGCUUCGAAUACAUUUCUGAGAUUUCUCCACAUUAAGAAGGAAAGAUGACGACUGCUGGUCAGGUUAUUCGUUGCAGAGCUGCGGUUGCAUGGGAAGCUGGAAAGCCACUAGUGAUCGAAGAAGUGGAGGUGGCGCCUCCACAGGCAAACGAGGUUCGUCUGAAGAUCCUCUACACUUCCCUCUGUCACACUGAUGUCUACUUCUGGGAGGCUAAGGGACAAUCUCCUCUGUUUCCUCGGAUCUAUGGCCAUGAGGCUGGAGGGAUCGUGGAGAGCGUUGGAGAGGGAGUAACAGAUCUUGCACCAGGAGAUCAUGUCCUCCCAGUAUUCACAGGAGAAUGCAAAGAAUGCGACCACUGCAAGUCAGAGGAGAGCAACAUGUGCAGCCUCCUCAGGAUAAACACUGACAGAGGUGUGAUGCUUAACGAUGGCCAGUCCAGGUUCUCUAUUAAUGGCCAGCCAAUUUACCAUUUCGUGGGCACUUCCACCUUCAGUGAAUACACUGUUGUUCAUGUUGGCUGUGUGGCCAAGAUCAAUCCUUUGGCUCCACUUGACAAAGUUUGUGUCCUCAGCUGUGGUAUCUCCACAGGUCUUGGUGCCACAUUGAACGUUGCAAAACCUCCCAAGGGUUCAACAGUAGCUGUCUUUGGAUUGGGGGCUGUAGGCCUUGCUGCUGCUGAAGGGGCCAGGAUUGCUGGGGCAUCAAGAAUUAUCGGUGUUGAUGUGAACCCAAAAAGAUUUGAGGAAGCUAAGAAUUUUGGAUGCACUGAAUUUGUGAACCCAAUGGACUAUGACAAACCGGUUCAAGAGGUGAUUGCUGAGAUUACUGAUGGAGGAGUGGACCGGAGCAUUGAAUGUACUGGAAAUAUUAAUGCUAUGAUCUCUGCAUUCGAAUGUGUUCAUGAUGGUUGGGGUGUUGCUGUUCUUGUGGGUGUACCUCACAAAGAUGCUGUCUUCAAGACCCACCCAAUGAAUGUACUGAAUGAAAGAACUCUCAAGGGUACCUUCUUUGGAAACUACAAACCACGCUCCGACCUCCCCUCUGUUGUAGAAAAAUACAUGAAUAAGGAACUGGAACUAGAGAAGUUCAUCACUCAUCAACUCCCAUUCUCAGAGAUCAACAAGGCUUUUGAGUACAUGCUGAAAGGAGAGAGUCUCCGAUGCAUCAUUCGCAUGGAUGGUUAGAGUGAAGGCCUGCAUAUCUGAAUCAAGUCCUCCCAUGUCCAAUUGAAAUGAUAAUAAAGAUAUUUUUGGGUGUUCGUAGAUGCUUGAUCUCUGCUUCUUACAUUGUGCUUUUAACUUUUUUUCUCUUUGUAGUUAAUGAGUCUGUCUCACUUUGUAGAGUAUAAAUAUGAAUAACAACACCGCUUGUGCUUUUCAAAGUAUUCAUAGAA